AUGGAUAAUAAUGAAUGUUUUAUACUUGAUCAUGCAACAGUUUGUGCUGAUUGGUAUCGUUUAUGGUGUUCAUUUGGUUUUACUGAUCAUCAAUGGAUGUCACGUGCUGAAAAAGUUGAAGAAUAUACUAGAAAAUUACUUGCUGAUCAAUUAUUAGCUUAUGAAGAACAAUUAAUUAAACGAGAGCAAUUACUUAAAGAAUCAAUGGAUGAUUAUGAAGAUCUACUUGAACGUACUGGUCUUUCAUCUACCAUUGAAACUUCAUUAUUCGAUGGAUUAAAAUUAAAAGAACAAGAAAUAUAUAUCGAUAGAAAAAUGCAAGAAUUAUUAAUAAAUGAAGAACAAUUAAUUCGUCAAAGAAAUGAACUUGAAAAGAAAGAAAAUUAUUUAUGUACAAUACUUCAAACUACACCCAUAAAAUUCAAAGAAAAUCUCUCAAUUUCACUUGUACAAAUAAAUGAAAAAAUUCAAGAACAUGUUAAAAUGCUUAGUGAAUUAAAAGAAAUGCGUUUAACUCAAAUAUCAUCAUAUUAUCUUAAAUUGAAAGAAUUAUCUGAACAAUUAGAAUGGACACCUGCAUCGUCAUCAUCAACUGUUGAAUAUCUUCUUCUUGAACAAUUUGAUCGUUGUCUUACUGCUGAUUGUCUUAAUGAAAUUGAAACAACAAUACAUCAGUUAGAAAAACAAAUUGAAAUCCAAAACGCUCGUUUUUAUACAUUACAUAAUCAACUUACUCAUCUUUAUGAACGUUUACAAAAGGAUCCUAAUAACGAUUAUUGUCUUGCAUAUAAAACUGGUAGUGAAAAUAUCAAUGCAUUUAUCGUUAAACAACUUGAACAUGAAAUUUUAUGUUGUCGAGAAGAACGAAUGCAAAAUGGAAAAGAAUAUUGUCAAUCAAUUCGUCAACAAAUUAUUGAUUUAUUAGACAAAGCACAUUUAAAUGACGAUGAACGAAUUAUUCUUAAUAAACUUGAUUUUGAAACAUUAUCACCAGAAUUACUUGAUGCAUAUGAUGCUGAAUAUGAACGUAUUUUACAACUUUAUGAAAAACGUAAACCAAUUCUUGAUGCUUAUAAUAAAUGGUUUUCAUUUUGGGAAGAAUUUGUUGCAUUUAUAAAAACAUCAACUGAUCCUGGACGUUUUCAUGUACGUGGUUAUAAUGCUGAAAUUGAAGGACGUCAGCGAAAAAAAUUUCAUCGAGAAUUACCAAUUAUUGAACAAGAAUUUUUAAAUAUCUUAGCGGAAUAUAAUGAUUCAACAUUUUUAAUUGAUAAUAUACCUAUUCGACAAAAAUUUGAUGAAGCUCAUCAACAAGUUCCAGCUACAGCGAUACCAUUCAAUCCACUAGGAAAAACACCAAUACCAUCACGUUUAUUAGGUCUUACACCAGUUCGAUCAAAAACACCAAUAACUACACCUCGUCGAGUAGCUAACAAAGAACCAUUUGUUCUUGGUACAGCGAUAACAAGUACAGCAAAACGUACAGUAAAAACACCAGCAACUAAUCUUGCAAGAAAAUUAAUAAAUAAAGUAACAAGUCAUACUGAAGGUCAACCGAUACGAGCUAAACCACGUGCUCCUCCUCCACCACCACCAUCAUCUGCUAUAUUACAAUUAUCACCUCCUCAUCCACUUGUUAGAUCAUCUGGUCAUCAGCCGACAUGUACCGAUGAUCAAUUUUUAGAUUUUUCACUUUUACAUACAAUGAAAAAUGUUUAUGGUCAAAUUAAAGUUAUGACAUCAACUCCUAAUACUUCAUUUAUACCGAUGGAAAAUUAUCAUGUCAAAACAGCUCAUAAUACCAUUGGUGAACGUAGAUCAAAAAGACGAUCAAAAAAAACACAUCCUCCAUUAAUUGUAAACGUUAUUCCAUUUUAUUUAAAAUAUACAAAUGAUAUAAAAUAUUUAUUUUUAGAUGGUACAAGAUAUGAAUGA